UAUGGGGAGCGCGGUUGUCGUGCCUCUCCGCUUUGGUCCGGUCUGGGUACUUCUUGGCUAGGCUUCGGGUGGAGUUACCACCGGCCUUUCUGCCCAGUGAACAGACGAGAUGCGGCUGGGUUCUGGGGCUUUCGCUGCCAUUUGCGUGGCAGUUGAGGUGCUCGGGGUUGCGAUCUUCCUUCGCGGAUUCUUCCCGGCUUCUGUUAGGUCCUCUUCCCGGGCCGGGCUUCAAGCAGAACCCCCGGCGCCGGAGCCCUUGGCCGGAGCCAGUUCUAACUGGUCCAAGCUGCCACUACCUCUCUUCAGUAAAGCGGUUAUUGUGCUGAUAGAUGCCUUGCGAGAUGAUUUUGUGUUUGGAUCAAAGGGUGCAAGGUAUAUGCCUUUUACAACUUAUCUCGUGGGAAAAGGUCCAUCUCACAGUUUUGUGGCUGAAGCAAAGCCACCCACAGUUACUAUGCCUCGAAUCAAGGCAUUGAUGACAGGGAGCCUCCCUGGUUUUGUUGAUGUCAUCAGAAACCUCAAUUCUCCUGCCCUGCUGGAAGACAACGUGAUAAGACAGGCAAAAGCAGCUGGGAAGAGAAUGAUCUUUUAUGGAGAUGAAACGUGGGUUAAGUUAUUUCCAAAGCAUUUUGUGGAAUAUGAUGGAACAACCUCAUUUUUUGUGUCAGAUUAUACAGAGGUGGAUAAUAAUGUUACAAGACAUUUGGAAAAAGUAUUACAAAGAGGAGAUUGGGAUAUGUUAAUCCUGCACUACCUAGGGCUGGACCACAUUGGCCAUGUUUCGGGGCCUGAGAGCCCCCUGAUUGGACGCAAGCUCCGUGAGAUGGAUGGUGUCCUGAUGAAGAUUCACACUGCGCUGCUGACAAAGGAGAGAGAGACUCUUUCACCCAAUUUGCUGGUUCUUUGUGGUGACCAUGGCAUGUCUGAGACAGGGAGUCACGGGGCCGCCUCUGCAGAGGAAGUGAGGACACCCCUGGUGCUAGUCAGCUCUGCAUUUGAGAGAAAACCUGAUGACAUCCGACACCCGACACAGGUCCAGCAGACAGAUUUGGCUGCAACACUUGCAGUAGGGCUUGGUUUGCCAAUUCCAAAGGACAGUAUAGGGAGUCUUUUAUUUCCAGUUGUAGAAAGAAGACCAAUGAGAGAACAACUGAGAUUUUUACAUCUAAAUGCAAUACAGCUUAGCAGAUUGUUGCAGGAGAAUGUUCCAUCAUAUGAAAAAGAUCCUGGAUUUGAGCAGUUUAUGAUGGCAGAAAGGCUCCAUGGGAACUGGGUGAAGCUUCACUUAGAGGAGGAUCGUUCUGGUGCAUUGCUCAACCUAGGGACUAAGGUGGCCAGGCAGUACCUGGGUGCGCUGAGGACCCUGAGCCUGGCACUAAGCGUGCAUGUGGCUCAGUAUGACAUCUACUCCAUGGCAGUGGGAGUCAUCAUUGUUUUGGAGACUCUCAUCCUGCUCCUCCUCAGCACCCCACAGGUGCUGCACAGAAGGGCUGAGCUAGAAAUGCCACUGUCCUCUCCCCUGUUCUCUCUUCUCUUCUACCUGAUGUUCCUGAUCCUGUCAGCCAUCCACGUGGUAGUUUGCACUUCAGCCGAGAGCUCCUGCUACCUCUGCAGUCUCCCAUGGCUGGUGGCAGGGGGUGUGAUGGUGCUGGUUUCUGCGCUGCUCUGUGUGAUUGUAUCUACACUCGCCAGGAUGGUCAUGGACAGCACUUCCCUCUGGAAGGUACAGCAGAGUGCAGCCCACCCCUGCUCAGGAUGGUCAGAGGUGGGCCUCCUUCUCCUGCUGGGUACAGUGGGCCAUGUUCUGAGUCUGGGAGCCAGCAGCUUUGUGGAAGAGGAACACCAGACCUGGUACUUCCUGGUCAACACACUUUGUCUGGCUCUGAGUCAGGAAACCUGCAGAAGCUACUUCCUGGGAGAUGACAGCGAGCUUCAGCGCUGCUUCCACACACAGCCAGGGACUGUGGGUGCCAACUGCAUGCAACAGGCCUGCACAGCCUGUGAAGCCUCCAAGCCUGGCCAGGCGAGUAAAGGGCUCCCCUCUGGAGCACGCGGAGGCCACACACGCUGGGCGGUGCUAGCUGGGCCAUGGCUGGUACUGGCCUGCUGCCGACUGCUGCGGUCCCUGAACCACACAGGGGUCCAGGGAGCCCACCGGCCGGAUCUCGGCCAUUGGCUCACCAGCUCUAGUCACAAAAUGGAGCUCUCCUACCUGGCCGCCCUCUCCCUGCUUGUGAUCUUCAUGCUGGCUCAGAGGGGAUGCUCCCCCAUGUCCAAGGUGGCCCUCGCACUAGGGCUGCUGGGAGUCUUCUGCUAUCGGGCAGCUAUUGGGAAUUUGCUGUUCCCGUGGCAGCCAGCCAACAAAGGUAUCUCAAACUCUUUUAGGAGAAAGACAAAUAGCUGGGAAGGUCAUUGAGGACUAACAAGUGAUACACUGGUGUCUGAGUUAAUGGCAGCUUUGCCCAGUUGUGGUGUGACUGCAGAAACUUCCUAUUUCUACAAAAGUGCUUGACCUGACAGCUGUCCGGAAAAUCAGCCGUCUUGAAUACAGUCCUACGGAGCUUCACUGUGACCGCACAGUUGGUCACCCCACGGUUGGUAGAUGACUAUUUUACUCUUCAUUUUUUGCAACUAUAAAUGAUGCUCAGUGAACGUGCUGCAUAUGUACUGAGGAGAAUGGUUCAAGUCAGGCAGAGGUAAGAGAUUAACAGCGUGUGAGCAGGCACGUACUUCUUUUCUAACUGCUAGGGAAAGGUGGUAAAGAUGGAUGGUAGAGGUGGGUGCUCCCUAGCAGUUGGAAAGGAAGGCAGGUGUCCCAUAGAGUACAUUGUGCUCCUGUGUGGCCAGGAGCUCCAUGCUGCACGAGCCAGGAGGGCUCAGUCACAAAUCUGUCUCUGUGUGUCAAGUGUCCACUCUUCUGUUUGAGGGCAACAUGGUAGAGCAGACUACCUCCAACUCCUGGAGGCAGCUGGACAGGUGGCACAGUGUAAGAACACUCCAAUCCUCUCACCUGUGUCCUGAGGACAUGGCAGGGGGCACCAGGAUUGACCCAUUGGUUGCCAGUAGAAGGGAUGACUUGAAAUGGAGAAGAGAGCAUGUGUAAAAUGCAGGCUGCCACAGAUGCCUGCUCACACGCUGUUAAUCUCUCACCUCUGCCUGACUUGAAGUAUUUCUUCAGUGUAACCACAUUCUCCUCAGUAGAUACGCAGCAUAUUCACUGAGCAUCAUUUAUAGUUGCCAAAAAUGAAGAGUAAAACAGUCGUCCCCCGUUGUGGGGUGACCAACUGUGCAGUCAUGGCGAAGCUCCGUAGAACUGUAUUAAAGGUAGCUGAUUUUCCAGACAGUAAUCAGUCAAGCAUUUUUGUAGAAAUAGGAGAACAUUGUAGAGAGGUGGCGGGGGUGGGGGUAAAACCAUUGUACCAUCCCAGCUUACCAAGUCAGUUUAAUUUUUCAUAUUUGUAUUAAGGGCUAAAUAAAAUAUUGGUGAUUAUGCAGUAUUUAGGACUCGAGGUCAUAGGUGGUUGUGGUCUUCCUUUUUACUAUUUAUUUUGGCACAUUACAUGUGUCCAGAAUUAGUGAGUAAAACAGAAGGUCUAGGUGGGAGCCAAGGGAUACAGCCAGGCUGUGGGCUCGGGGGCACCAGGAAGCACCUGCUGAGGCAGGAGGCCAGAGUGGGUGGAGGACGAUAGGCUCAGAGGUGUGGAGCACACUGUGGAGACGUCUCAGAAACUGUCUCCUUCAGACUGCAUGUUUUAUCUGGGGUGUUCGUGUCAUCACAUACUGCAGCAUGUAAACAAACCCUCGUCUCCGCCCCACCUGUGCACUGUCUCCAGGCUUUGGUCAUCUCCCUUGUCUGAUUGCCUUGCUACAGCAUGUUGUCUGCGGUGUCCAGAGACAGCUGUUUGCCUUUUCUCUCACUGAGUCUGCUUGUUCACCUUCCUCUUAGGAAACGCUUCCAUCUCUUACCCCUGACUAUCCUGUCUAAAUAUUUCCUUUUUCUGGAUCUGCUGCGAUUCUGGGUUCAUACUUCUGGAGUCCUUGUAGUCUGUGGUUCUCACCCAUGUGGGUCCCCCUUCUCCAAGCAUGUGGGGCCUGCCCUUGGCACUCAUCCCAGCACACACCUGGCCUGCAGGGCUGCCAGCUCCCUGACCCCAUUUCCCCAGUGAGUGUCACAUAGGCACACAGAGCCCACUGUGUUAAAAUUAGACUGAUCAUACUGGAAAAGGGAUUUUUUUAAAAAUAUAUAAACCCUUCUAAGAAUAUCU